UUUAUUAAAUUAAACAUUUGUUAGAUUUAAAUAUAAAAGUAAAAAUAUUUAAGAUAAAAGUGUUUAUACUAAUUUGGUGUUAAAGGCAUUAUUUUCAUUAAAUUAAUAAAAUUGAAUAUUUAAAAUCAAAAUCAUAAUGGAUUACCUGAAAAAUGUACUUGAAGCUAGGAAGGAAUUACAAAAAGAACAGAGACAAAAAUUUGAUUUUACAGAAUAUCUUUUUACUGAAAUGACUGGCAGCUCUGUUGCAGAAAACUUUAAAGACGAUUAUGAAAUGAUUAAUGUGCUUGCAAGUAAUUCUUGGAGUAGUUCGGUAAUUAAGAGAUUAAAAGAAAAAGAAUUUGAUCUGCUAUAUUUUGAUUCAUUCAGAAAUCCCAUUAGCUACAAUUUAACCAAUGAAGAAAGCUUAAAACAACAUUUACAAAAUUUUACAAUAAACGAAAAUUUGAGUUAUAAACAAAUAAAAAAUAAUAGUGACCUUAGCUUGUUUGCUGCAUUUAAUCUUCAUUCUUUAGCAACAACAAAAAAAUUAGCAAAUAAUAUAUCAGAGCAUCAAUGCAACAUACUAGGUCUUCAGCAACUUGAGGAAUUUAGAUAUAAACCUCUGCUUCAUCAACUAGCUUAUAAAACAAGUCUAAAGCAUUUAAAAAAGCUUGUAAUCGUACUUAACCAAAUAGGUAAUUUAACAAUUAAGCUUGGAGAAUUAAGCGGAAAAUUGACACAUUAUAACGAAGCUGCAGUAAUUUAUCAAUAUAUAACUACAAUAUUAGAAGAUAAACUAAACGAGAAACUGAUAAGUACCGAGGAUAAACUUGAGUUUAAAAAUAAAAACAAAAUAGAUCCGGCUUCAAGACUUUCUCAAAUACAAGAGUUUAUAUUUUCGUUAAUUGGAGGAGAUAAAGUAAAAAUGCCAGUUGUUCAAGAUGAAGCAGAAAUAAAUAAAAAUUUAUUAUUAGUGUUGAGAGACAAAGUUGAAACUGAAAUGCGUAAUAUAGAUUGUUUUGAAAAACUGUCAAGAAAAGAAGAAAAAAAUAAAAUACUUUAUGUAAAUACUGCAAAAAGGUUAUUUAAAGUAAUUGCUGAAGAAAUGAAAACACUUUUAGCAAAGUUGCAUAGAGAUAGUGAACAACAAAUGUUCACUCGCGCACCUUGUAAAUAUGCAGUAAUGGGUCUUGGUUCAAUGGCUCUUGAGCAAAUGACGCCGUAUUCAGACUUAGAAUUUGCCAUUCUUACAGAAAAUGAAGAUUACAAAAAAGAUUUAGAUCCUAUGAUAAGAAAUUAUUUUAAAAAUUUAAGCUACUUAGUUAGUUUUAAGAUAAUCAAUAUUGGUGAAAGCAUUAUUCCUACUAGUAAAUAUGGUUUAGAUAUGAGCCACUUAGUUCACGUAGCAGUUAACUCAGACCUUGGAGGCAAAGUUCCAACAGGAAGAUUAGGAGCUGACAAACCAUAUGAUCUUAUAAAAACAAUCAAAUGGAUGAUUCAUUAUAUGCGUGAUAAAGAUGACAAAGCAAGUCACAUUGAUAAAAACUUACCGCAUAUUUUAGAGAAUGUUUGUUAUGUGUAUGGUCACAAAGAACUUGUUGAAAAAUACCAACAUAAAGUGAAAACAUUUUUGAAAAAAAACAAUACAAAUGAUCCAAAAAACAGAUUGAACUGUGAAAUCAGAGCAAUUAAACUGUUAGAAAUAGGUGCAGUUGAAAUUGACUAUCUUCAAAAGACUUCUGGUCAAGAGUUGAAAACGAUUUUGUUCAAAGGAGACCUUGAUAAGUUAGAACCUAAUUUAUUUGACUCUGAAGGAAAAUUUUUUAAUGUAAAACAGGAAAUAUACAGAUUAACGGAUCGUAUGGUGUACAAUUUUUGUCUCUAUUAUGGUGUUGUUGGGGGAAAUACUUGGGAUGCAAUAGAUGCACUUGCAGGUCAAGGAUAUAUAAAUAAAGAAGCAGCAAUCAAUAUAAAAAGUGCAUUAACAUUUUCUAAUACGUUGAGAUUAAAAACAUAUGCACAUUAUAAAGCCCAAAAGGAAGAUAUGGGCGUGUUUUCAGGUUCUAUUAGUUAUGAUAUUAAAGAUCAAGCCAUAAACAUAUUUUGUUUAUCUGAAGAGAACAUUGAAGAAAAUGGUGGAUUAUUUCAGUAUUAUUAUACAGCUUUACCAUUGUAUGAAAAAAUAAAAAAGUUUUGCAACCUUCAUAAACGCAUAAAUGAUUUCAAGAACAGUAAAUACUUUAAUGAUACCAGCUUUUAUGAAAAUGAUUUUGCAAAUAAAGGUUUUAUAAACUAUCGAUUAGCAAGAUACAAGGAAGCUCAAAUCUGUUUAGAAAACUCAUUAAACAAUUUAGAAAAUAAAGAUAAAUUGUACCAAAUACAAAAUAUUUUAGGAGACAUAUAUAGAAAUUUUGGCGAUAACGAUCAGGCUAUUAAACAAUAUCAAAAUUGUUUAAACUUAUGUAAACAAAUUUCAAAUGUUGCAGACUCCGAUAUUAUCAUUUCUUUAAAUAAACUAGGUUUAAGCUAUGCGUCAAAAGGACAAUACGAUCAGGCAAUCAGUUAUUUUAAAAAAGGGGUAAAUAGUAAAGAGUUUAUGUAUAAAAAUUUACUUCCUCAGAUUGACGCAGAUUCUUUGAAUAAUUUAGGAACAGCAUUUUACAGUAAAGGUGAAUAUGAUAAAGCAAUUGACUACUUAAAGGAAAGUCUUAAUAUAGAAAAAAAUAUUUAUAAAGAUUUACCACAAUUAUCUGUGGCAUACAUUCUAAAUAAUCUAGGGUUAGUUUAUGAUUCCAAAGGAGUUUUUAAUCAAGCAGUAUCAUACUAUCAGAACAGUCUAAACAUGAAAAAAUUAAUAUUCAAAAAUCAACCACAUUUGUCCAUUUGUACUUCUUUAAAUAACCUUGGGUUAGUUUAUGUAGCUUUGGGAAAAUACAGUAAAGCUAUUAAAUAUUAUGAAAAUUGUCUAAAGUUGUUAAAGUAUAUCUUUAAAAAUAAUGAACUUCAUCCAGCUAUUGCUGGUUUAUUAAAUAAUCUUGGGUCAGCCUAUCAGUUUUUGGGAAUAUAUGAUCAAGCAAUUCAAUACUAUGACGAUAGUUUAAUAAUGAGUAAAACAAUCUAUAAGGAUCAAACUCACCCGUCAAUUGCUAAAACCAUUAAUAGCAUUGGGACAUGUUAUCAUUCUCAAGGUCUGUUUGAUAAAGCAUUAAUAUGCUAUAGACAAAGCCUUUUAAUGAAUAAAAUUAUCUUUCACGAUGAACCUCACCCGUCGGUUUCAAAUAUUUUAAAUAAUAUAGGAUCAGCAUUUCAUGCUGUGGGACAAUAUGAUCGGGCAAUUAAAUACUACGAGGAUAGCUUAAAGAUAAAUAAAUUAAUUUAUGCAGAUAAACCUCAUUUUUCUGUAGCUUCUUUAUACAAUAAUCUUGGGUUAGCAUACUAUGAUAAAGGUCAAUAUGAUAAAGCAAUAAAUUUUUAUAAUAACAGCCUUAAUAUAAAAAAAUUAAUCUAUAAAGACAAUCACCCAAGUUUUGCUGAAUCUUUAAAUAAUCUGGGUAUAGCUUACGAUGCUAAAGGACAACACGAUGAAGCAAAACGUUGCUAUGAAAAAGGUUUAUCGAUUACAAAAAUCAUUUUUCAAAGUGAGCCUCAUUCAAGUAAUGCUGCUCUAUUCACUAAUCUUGGUUUGAAUUACUUUUUUAAAGGUUUAUAUGAUCAAGCCAUUAUGUACUAUAACGACAGCUUAAAUUUAAGCAAACGUAUUCACCGAGAUCAACCUCAUCCAGAUAUUGUAUAUUCUUUAAACAAUCUAGGAUUAGUUAAUACAAUUAAAGGAAAUUAUGCUCAUGCACUUAGUUACUAUAAUCAAGGUCUUAAUAUGACUGAAUUGAUUUAUCAAGAUCACUUACACCCAGAAGUUGCUGCAUUUUUGAACAAUCUUGGCUCAAUUUACCACGUUAAUGGACAAUAUAAUGAAGCGAUUCAUUUCUAUGAGGAGAGCAUAAAAGUAAAAGAGCUUAUAUACCAUAAUGAAAAUCAUCCUUCUAUUGCUGAUUCUCUAAAUAACAUAGGUUUAUCAUAUAUUUCCAAAGGACUAUAUGAGCAGGCUCUUGAUUACUUUGAGAAGAGCCUUAAAAUGAAAAAAGACUUGUACAGAGAAGAACAACAUCCAUCUAUUGCAACAUCUUUGAACAAUUUAGGGUUAGUUUACGACUAUAUGGCAAAGUAUGAUCAGGCAAUUAAAUACUAUGAAGAAAGCUUAAAGAUUAGCAAUCUAAUCUAUCAAAAAGAACCUCAUUCGUUAAUUGCUUCUUCUUUGAAUAGUUUAGGAUUAUUGUAUAAUUCUGUAGGACAAUAUGAUCAAGCAAUUAAUCACCUUCAAGAAAGCCUUAAAAUAACAAAAUAUCUUCACGAUGAUGAAAAUCAUGCAGACAUUGCUCCAAUAUUGAACAAUCUUGGAUUAGUUCAUAACUCCAUGGGACUUUACAAACAGGCCAUUGAUUAUUUUAAGGGCAGUAUAGCUAUAAAAAAACUUAUCUUCAGUAAUGAACACCAUCCUUCUAUUGCUGAUUCGCUAAAUAAUCUAGGCUUAGCUUACCAUGCUGUAGGAAACCAUAAUCAGGCAAUUGAGUACUUUGAAAACAGUCUAAAGAUAUUUGAAAUGAUAUAUGGUAGUAAACAACACCCAUCAAUUGCAACUUGUUUAAAUAAUCUAGGAUCAGUUUAUGAUUCUAAAAAAAAUUACGAUUGUGCAAGUCACUACUAUAAAGAGAGCUUAAAAAUAAGAAAUAUUAUUUAUAAAGACCCCCAUCCAGACGUAGCUGAAACUUUAAAUAAUCUUGGGGUAUCUUAUUUUUCUAAAGGAGAAUACGAAAAUGCAGUUGUUUAUCAUGAAAACUGCUUAAACUUAAAAAGACUUAUAUACAAAAACCUAUCUCAUCCUUCUGUUGCAAUUUCUUUAAAUAAUUUAGGGUCAGUAUACAGUACUAUGGGACAACACGACCGGGUAAUUACUUAUUUUGAUGAAAAUCUAACUUUAAACAAAACCAUCUAUAAAAAUGAAAUUCAUCCGUCGAUUGCUGCUUCCUUAAACAAUCUUGGAUUAUCCUAUGCUGAUAUGGAGCAAUAUGAUAAAGCUAUCAGCUAUUAUGUUGAGAGUGUAAAAAUAGCAAAACUUAUCUAUCAAGAUGAACCGCAAUCUGAUUUGGCUGAUUAUUUAAAUAAUAUCGGUUCAGCUUAUUAUGCGAAAAAACAAUAUAACAAAGCCAUUAUUUUUUAUAGAGAUAGCUUAAAUAUGAAAAAGAAAAUCUACAAAGAUGAGGCUCAUCAGUCCGUAGUUGUUACUUUAAAUAAUCUUGGGUUUGUUUAUCAUGAUGAAAAGCAAUAUAAUAUGGCAAUAAACUGCUUUGAGGAAAGCUUAAAAAUGAGCAAACUUAUGAACCAAGAUAAACCAAAUAAAGAUUUAGCUGAUUGUUUGAAUAAUCUAGGAUCCAUUUAUGCUACUAUAAAACAAUAUGAUCAAGCAAUUAAAUAUCUACGGUUAAGCUUAGAGAUGAAAAAAUCUCUUUACCAUGAUGAUCCUAGCCAAAAUAAUUCUGAUUCUUUUUACAACAUUGGAUCAGCUUAUCGUGCUGCAGGGCAAUAUGAUCAAGCAAUUAUAUACUAUAGCCAAGCUUUGCAAACAGCUUCAGUUUUUCAUGAUAAUUCUUUCACGCUUUUAAUUAAGGAUGUUUUAUUUGAAACAGUUUUUUUAUUUUCAGAAAAAUACUGUUUAAAUCCACAUAACAUAGCUUUAAAAAUAUUUAAACUUGCUUCGCAAAAAGUUAAUUUUGCAGAUCUUUACCAUUUUCUUACUCAAUCUCAUAAUAAUAUCAAUAUAAACGAACAGAGUAAACACCAUAAUAACGACCUAAGUGAACACAAUAAACACAAUAUAAAAGAUGCAAGCGAAAACAGUAAAUACUUAAAUAAAAAUGCAAGUAGAAAGGGUAAACAAAAUAUUAAAAAGGCAAAUGAACAUAGUAAAUACAAUAACAACGAUCCAUACAAACACAGUAAAGAAGAAAAUAACAAUGAAAGUGAAUAAAAAAUAUUAGAAAUGAUAGACGAGUAUAAAUUAGCACUGAUAUUUCAAAGUAGAGAGAGUUCAGAAAUAGUAGAUAAAAUAUGCAAUAAAUUAGAAGAACUAACAGGAGAAAAUCACAAAAGCAUUAAGUUAUGGUUAGCUAUUAUAGAAAGGCGAGCAAAUGAAGUAGAAAACUUGUAUAAGGAUGGAGUUAAUUUAGAGUAUUUACCUUUUGCCAAAAUCACACCGUUAAUACAAACAGUUGUUAAUGGUGAUAUUAAUACUUUAUCAAUAUUAAUUUCAAGUGGAGCUGAUAUUAAUAAACCUAACAAUGAUGAAGAUCAAGCUAGCCCUUUAUAUUGCUCUUUGGGCUAUUAUGGACAACCAAUUGAUAUAAAAAUAGUUGAAUUUUUACUUAGAAACGGAUCUGAUGCCAACAAACCAAUGUUUGACGAGGACACACCAAUGCAUAUGGCACAUUAUUAUGGGCACAAAGAAGCUAUAAAAUUGUUAUUGCAAUAUAAAGGCAACAUUAAUGCCCAAAAUACAGAAGGUAAAACACCAUUACAUUAUUUAUUAGAAACUAAAAACGUGAAUUCAGUUAUUAAGUUAGAAAUAAUAAAAGAGUUUUUGAAGAAUUAUAAUUUGACAGCAAAUGAUCAAAAUCGUAAAACUGUAAUUGACUAUGCAAACGAACAUUUAUCAGAAGCAUUGUUAUUGUUUACUAUAAAAGACGUUGAUUGCAGUUUAUCAGAUCGCUAAUUUAAUUUAGUAGAGUAUAAUUAGUUACGUUUA